AUGGGCUUUGGCCAUUUCAUCCAGGGAAUCGGCGACAAACAGGGGAGAAGAUCCCAAGGGCAGCGUAGAAGCCUCGCCUUUCUGAUCCUGGGCCUGCUGGUCAUCGCCAAGGUCACCAUCUCGUCCAGUUUCCCACAUGCACCACGUCCGUUUUCUCUGAUGCGCUAUCUCAGACCGUUGCGGGAGCUCAGCUUCGGCAUCCUGUGUGCGGCCAGUUUUUCCAUAUACUGGGGACUGUUCGUUCCCUUUGAUUAUAUCGUCGUCGAAGCCAUCCACUACGGCAUGUCGUCGCACAUGGCGUGGUCCUUAGUUCCAAUUCUCAAUGGCACCAGUUUCUUCGGUCGUACCGUGCCCAACUAUAUCGCGGACAAGGUCGGUCGCUUCAACGUGAUGCUCGUCAUGACCUCGUUAUCGGCUAUCCUGGUGUUAGCAUUGUGGCUUCCUGCCCGAGGCAAUGGCGAGCUCAUCACCUUUACGGCCUUAUUUGGCAUCACCUCGGAGUUGGGUUAUCGGAUGGGUACUAUCUUGGCCUUUGCUGCGGUGGGAACCUUGACCAGUCCGCCUAUUGGGGGCGCGAUUGCCGCCGACACUGGGGGCAGCUACACCUAUACGUGCGUCUUUUCAGGCAUGAGCUUUGUUCUGGGUACCAUCGGCCUUGCUGCUCUACGCGUGCGUCUUUCUGGAUGGGGGCUUACUACGAAGAUUUAA